UGCUCGACACCGUCCAGGGAACCUCAGCCACGAAGAUGUCGAAGAGCCGCCUGGAGCGGCGCCCCGCCGCCCGCGCCGUACUGGCCGCCGCCAUCUUGGGAGCUGCGGCGAAAAGGCGGGCGGGCGGCCCCGCCCCGCCCCGGCAGUGCGCAGCGCCGCCCGCCGCCCUCCGCGGCCUGGCCAAAAUGGCGGCGGCCGCGGCCCUGACCCGGGAGGGCGGGGAGGACGCCUUCCGCCGGCUUUUUCGCUUCUACCGGCAACGUGACGCGUCGGACCUGCGGGGUGUGGUGGACUUCUCCAUGCCGGGGGGCCAGGUGUUCAGAUCACAGCUCAGUAUUUCUUCAGUCAGUGAUCAAGAUGCCUACAGAGCAGGCUUACAGCCAGUUAGCCAGUGGAAAGCCUAUGGCCUCAAUGGGUAUCCAGGGUUUAUUUUCAUACCAAACCCUUUCCUUCCGGGCUGCCAGCGUCAUUGGGUGAAACAGUGUCUCAAGCUAUACCCCCAGAAACCCAAUGUCUGCAACCUGGACCUGCACAUGGCUCCUGAGAAGACCAUUGACCUGUGGGGACAGAGCAAGGAGCAGCUGAGAAGGAAAGGUUCCAGUAAACGGGAGCCCAGAAGCUUACUGGAGAAGCUGCGCUGGGUGACCCUUGGUUACCAUUAUAAUUGGGAUACCAAGAAGUACUCAGCAAAUCACCACACUCCUUUCCCCUCAGACCUUGCAUUCCUGUCAGAACAAGUGGCUGCAGCCUGUGGGUUCCGGGGUUUCCAAGCCCAAGCAGGGAUCUUGAACUACUAUCAUUUUGACUCUUCACUGGGAAUUCAUGUGGAUGAGUCUGAACUAGACCAUUCUUGGCCCCUUUUAUCAUUCAGUUUUGGGCAAUCCUCGAUAUUUUUGCUUGGGGGCCUGAAGCGGGAGGAGGCUCCAACAGCAAUGUUCAUGCACAGUGGAGAUAUCAUGGUGAUGUCUGGCUUCAGCCGUCUGCUGUACCAUGCAGUCCCCCGGGUCCUCCCCAACCCUGAAGGGACAGCUUUGCCUUCGUGCCUGGACCAAGCACUUUCUUCAGACCUUCCUGUUGGCUCAGUCAUUGAGCACAGCUCUGAUGAGGAUUGGCAGGUCUGUGCCAAGUACUUGCAGUCUUCCCGCAUUAAUAUGACUAUUCGGCAGGUGUUGGCUGAGGGUCAGAAAUUUCCAGAGGAAUCUGGGAGAGAUGGAAAGGGCCGAGCACCCUCUGAAGACAGUCAGCAUCAGGAGAACAGCAGAGCCAAGAGACUUAAACUAAAUACAGAGAGCUGAGACCAGGAGAUCAUGCUGACAUUGACUGGACAGGCAACCUCCACUGGAAUUGGCAACUAAUGUAAUCAUACUCAAAGUCACUUGUCUGUAUUGGGAUUAAUAAAAUUCUGCAGAAUAAAUGUAGUCCUUCUUGCUGUAAAAAACAGGUGGGGGAGAAAAAGAAUUUAAAAGGAAAAUAAUGGUAAGUUCAGGACUGGGACUCAGGAGAUGAACUCUAUUGCCGUUUUGUUGCAGAUAUUUACUGUACUCUGUUCCAUUUAAAAUACCUGUAUGUCAGAGAAUUUUAAGCUUCGUUCAGUGUGCUCAUAAAGUAUUCUGAAAUCAUUGGACAGAAAAGUGCUAGCAAAAGAUACAUAAUUGCUAUGUGUUAAAGAAUCCUAUUGGGCUUGUAAAGCUCAGCUGAAGUGCAGUAAUAAGUAUGAAUGACAAUAGGCUGCUAAGGGUGUGAGACCUACCUGCAGCAUUUCCAAGAGAAUUACCUCUACUGCAAAAACUGGUUCAGUGAUCAGAAACUAGCAGCUCCCUUGCAACACCUGGUAUAAGCUUGCUGUAGUCCUGUGCUCUCCUUUUGCCUGCUUGCACCCCCUCAGCUGCAGCGGAAACUGCUCUUAUGAGUGGAACUGGACUUUUUUGCAUAACUCAGAUUUUAGACGGAAACAAUUGGGGGCAGUAUCUCCUUAGAAUACCUAGUAGCUCCCAGCUGGGUCCCCUCCCAACAGUAAGUGUGUGUCUGAGCCCUACAUCCCCAUUCUUUCAAAACUGCCCUCUCUUAAGUGCCUGCAGAUUAUGGUCCUCCAGUCCCAAGCUAGCAUCUAUAAGAAACAGAAUGACUUGCAAGUAAAAGCAAUGAAGUUGUAAAUUAAGUACCUAAAAAAUUAAUCAGUGGCUAUCGGUGUCACCCGAAGAUAAAUACAUUGAAACAAAGAAAAGCACUAGCUUUUGUGCCAGUUCUCUUCCUCUCUGCUUUUUAAUGCAAUUUUAAUUGUUGGAGUGGAAUGCACUAUCCCUGGGGUAUUUUGUUGCACUUUCCCAAUGAAUAAACUUAUUUGGUUUUUAAAUUAAA